AAAGAAUUUUGAAUAAAAAAACUCUUUAAAUUCCAUAAAAGACAAAAAACAAUGGAUUUCAAAACAAUUCUUCGCAUUGUCGAACUGGUAGUAUGCGUGGUUCUCUUAGUGCUUUGGUAUGCGUUGACGACGUACGCGUCCAGGGUGAUGAUUAUUUGUGGCACCAUAUUCGGUUUCACCAUAAUCUGUUCGGUACUCUUGGCACGCGAAUUCUUUGACUUCAAUGAUACCUUAAUCUAUUUAUUGAUCGGUGCUAUUCUCUUUCUCAUCUGCGGUGGUGUAACUGUGGCCACUUUGCCAGACAGCAGCGAUGGAAAGCUUUCAUAUUUUAUUGCAACGGCUCUUUUCAUAGCGAAUGGCGUAAUUUUUCUAAUUGAUUUCAUUAUGGAAUUCAAAGGCAACAGCCAGUCUAUCGAUUAGAAUAAGCUUCGCGAUAAGUAAUUUCCUUGGUUUGAAAUUUCAAUAAGGAAAUUUUAUUUCAAACGGAUUUAUUUCUACUUUGAAUUAUUAAUUAAU